AUGGCCAAGAAGUCAAAGCCACCAUCGAGCAAGCGCAGAAUGCUUCAAGCGCAAGCUGCGCCAGCGCUUGCUCCCCCAUCGACUGACAUAGAUAUGGCGAACACAGGGACUCCUCUUGAUCAGAUGCAUGUCACAAACUUGGAUGUUGGGUCCCAAGCUGUUGAUCAAGGUGCUCAUGUGAGCAUCUCCAAGCUUAGCUUGGGCUGCAGUUUGGGUCGCUUCCAGGUCCUCAAAGUCAACCACCAAGAUAUCCAGUUCGGCUUGAAGCGUAAUUCGGGCCCCUUGUGGGCACUGUUGUUUCUUGGGAGAGUAAUGCGGGCCCCCCGUGGGUGCUGGUUUUUUCCGUCGAAACAUUGGGUUGAUAUCUCCAGGCUUAGCCUGGGCACAACUUUGACUUUGGGGAUCGCGGCCUCGUACCAGUUUACGUCGGGAAUACAGUCCACAUUGCCUUUAAGUUGCGUCUUGGGCUUUGGUAUCGCUCCGGCAUAUCUCGUGGGGCCUGUCCAGAUGGUCAAUUGGGUUGCUCUGGGACUGGAAAGCAGGGUCCAGUGGUUGUGGUGCCAGAGGAUUCAAAGUGAAACAACCAUUGCUGAAAGCAACACCACACGAGAGCUCUCAGACAUCAAGCGACGUCUCGAUAAGCAUCGCGAAGAUAUCGACGAGACCCAUGCGAUGGUCACCUAUACCGGGAACGCCCAAUUCACGUUUGAGGCCAUGAUCGAAAAAUUCGAUGACCGUCUUGAGGAUGCCGCGAAAAGGGAAGAGGAACACCGCCUCAACUGCAACCGAGAGCUAUUGAAGAUGUAUUGUAGCCUUGAUGAUAUGUCUUCCUCCGGCCCCACCAAAGUGGCUCGUGAUGUCCGUCAGAAUAAGGCUCAAGAAGAAAUGCGCAAGGCGAAUCAGGCCCUGAUUUCGGAAAAUGCCAGGCUCAAGGGGCAAGUCAAGAAGCAGGAUGCUGCUAUUGAGCAGCUCACCUCUACUGUGAACGAUAUGAUGGGUCGAUUCGCCAAGCUUGAGUCGACCGUUCACUGCACGGAGGCAGAGCGGAAGCUCAGCGAGUUAGAAGUCUAA